AUGAUUGUAAUAAUUGUUGGGUCUUUAACGGUACUUUUGGCUGCUACCGUUGGGGUGGUUCAAAAUGAUUUAAAAAAAGUUAUUGCUUAUUCAACUUGUAGUCAAUUGGGGUAUAUGGUGGUGGCCUGUGGAAUUUCCCAUUACUCCAUAAGUUUAUUUCAUUUAAUGAACCAUGCUUUUUUUAAAGCUUUAUUGUUUUUAAGUGCGGGGUCUGUUAUUCAUGCUUUGUCUGACGAACAAGAUAUAAGAAAGAUGGGGGGGUUGAUUAAGUUAAUUCCUCUUACUUAUAUUCUGGUUGUUAUUGGCUCUUUAUCUUUAAUGGGGUUUCCUUAUUUAACAGGGUUUUAUUCUAAAGAUUUGAUUUUAGAGUUGGCCUUUGAACAAUACUAUUUAACUUUUGCUUAUUGAUUGGGGGGUUUUUCGGCCUUACUUACCACUCUUUAUUCGAUUCGAUUGGUUUAUUUAACUUUUUUAUCUAAUACCAAUUCUAGAAAAGCUAUUUUUAGACAUGCACAUGAGGGUUCUUGGAAUUUAGUUUUGCCUUUAAUAAUAUUAGCUUUGGGGAGUCUUUUCGUGGGUUAUUUGACGAAAGAGGUGGUUUGGUCUUUUCAAAUAACAUCUCCUCCAGUUGUCUCUCUCCCCAUUAAGUUAUUGCCGGUUUCCCUUAGUUUGGGGGGAGCGGUGUUAGUUAUUGUUCUUUAUUUUUAUUCAGUGCCUUUUUUUAAGGUGCCUUCGUUUAUAGGUCGAAUAAGCUAUACUUUUUUAUACUCUGCUUGGCAGUUUAACUAUGUCCUUAAUUAUUUUUUAGCAAAAAAGGCAUGGAAGGGGGGUCAUCAAAUUUCAUAUCGAACUAUGGAUAAAGGGAUACUAGAGUUAGUGGGUCCUAAGGGGAUAUCUAAUUUUUUGAUUGAGUUGGCUCGAGGUCUUAGUAACUUACAAUCGGGCCUAGUUUUUAACUAUGCUUUAGUUAUAUUAAUUGGUGUUGCCAUAUUCAUUUGAGGAGUUGUUUAGUUUUUUUUGAGAAAUGUCUUUUGAUAAGAAAAUUAAUCGAGGGGGUUAGGUUAAAGUAGACCGUUAGCCUUCAAAGCUAAAAAUGUGGGUGCAAGUCCCGCACUCCCUGAUUUAAUUAGUUUUGGUUAUAUUUUAGUUGAAAUGCCACAAUUAGAUACUACCGUGUAUUUAACUCAAUAUAGAUGAACUUUACUUGUUUUGUUUUUAUUAUUUUUUUUAUUGGUGUUUUUUGUUUUACCCACGAUUAAAAUUAAUUGGCUAAUAAGAAAGUCGGUGAUAAAAAGUAAGGCUGUUUUAGGGGGGGAUUUGGAGCUAACUAAAGAAGUUGUUUUUAUUUGGAGGCAUGUUCUUCGAUAGUUUAAACAUCUUAAAUGUUUAUUUUAGUAAUUAUUAUUGUCGUUUCCCCUAUUUGGUUUGGGUUGUUUCUUAGUUUUUUGUUUUUAUAAUUAUGUUCGUUAACGAGAAAAAAAAUAAAAAAAUGAAAAGUUUAUAUUUAAUUCGCUGGGCGUUUUCUACUAACCAUAAAGACAUUGGUACGUUAUAUUUAGUAUUUGGGAUUGGGGCAGGUAUGCUUGGUACAGCUUUCAGUAUGUUAAUAAGAUUAGAGCUCUCGGCUCCGGGGGCUAUGUUAGGAGACGAUCAUCUUUAUAAUGUAAUUGUUACAGCACACGCUUUUAUUAUGAUCUUUUUUUUGGUUAUGCCAGUGAUGAUAGGGGGAUUUGGGAAUUGGUUGGUUCCAUUAUAUAUUGGGGCACCUGAUAUGGCUUUCCCACGGCUUAAUAACAUUAGUUUUUGGCUGUUGCCCCCUGCUUUAAUAUUGUUAUUAGGUUCUGCUUUUGUUGAACAAGGGGCGGGUACCGGAUGA